CACACCAGCAGGGGCGUGACAGAAAACGAAACACAUGUUAUUGUGAUUUAUAGAUAUUAAACGAUAGUUUAAUAUAAACGAUAGUUUAAUAUCUAUCAUAUUUUUUUCAAAAUAUGAUUUAGCGAUCAGCUUCUCUGUCUAGAAACGGGUGAAGUCAGUCCAACCCAUGAGAGGAAGAGAGAAGAAGAGUCGGUGCACAACACUGUGGUGGUUCAUCAGUUUGUUUGUGAAUUAUAAAUAUGUAUUUGCCAUGGCGUAUUUUAUAAACAAAGAUGGACACUGUGGAAUUUUAUCAAAAAUAGCUGAAGAAAAGAAGAAAUGCAAAUUUAUUUUGUCAGUCCAGAAUUUGAUAAAUUAUAUUCUCAGUCACAGAUCUAGAAUCCAAAGUUGACUUCUUCUUUUUUAUUAUUAUUUAUUUAUUUAGCUUUAUUUUGAUUUUAGUCAUCUUGAACUUUUAACCCCCUAAAUAUUCAAACCAUUAAUUCUCACUAGAUAACAAGUUUUAAUGUAAUGAUGCAGGCUGGAUUUGUAAGUGGAUGGUAGUCUGGGGUUGUUUGAGGUGGUUUGUAUGAGUAAGGAGUGGCAGGGCCCUUUGCCUGCUGUAAAACAGCUGACAGGAAGACACAGUGCUGUGAUCAAAGGACCCCAUCCUGGAUGUGACGGUAAAGGUUUUGCAUCUAUGUGUGCUGAAAUGGGACCAUUGCUGCUUUGGCUCCAGGAUGUGGCAGCGGUGACCCUGCUGAGGGCUCGCAGGACGCUGCUAAGGGCUGCCAUCCUGUUCUGUGUCCUGGUGCUUCUCCUCUGGAUCUCCAUGUUCCUCUAUGGAAGCUUCUAUUAUUCCUACAUGCCCACUGUCAGCUUCUCCACACCACUACACUACUGCUACAGAACAGACUGUGAUCCUUCCGAUUCAGUCCUCUGUUCUUUCCCUAUGGCUAAUGUCUCACUCUUGAAGAAUGGCAAAGACCAGGUGAUGAUGUCUGAUCAGCCCUACAGGAUCUCUUUAGAACUGGAAAUGCCUGAAUCUCCAGUUAAUGAACAGCUUGGGAUGUUCAUGGUGAAAAUGUCCUGCUACACCAGAGAUGGGAUUGUUAUCUCCUCUGUGACCCGCUCAACGAUGCUGCACUACCGUUCUACUCUGCUGCAGACCAUGAGCACGUUGCUGUUCUCCCCCCUCCUGGUGACAGGUGUGUCCGAGCAGAAACAGCUCAUCGAAGUGGAGCUCUUUCCUGACUUCAAAUCAGACCUCUACCGGCCUGCCAUUGGUGCUGUGAUCGAGAUUCAAUCCCGCAAGGUCCAGAUUUAUACGGCUCAGCUCAGGAUACAUGCAUACUUCACUGGCAUUAGAUAUCUCCUGUAUAAUUUCCCUGUGAUGUCAGCAAUCGUUGGAGUGGCCAGUAACUUCACCUUCCUCAGUGUCAUUGUGCUCUUCAGUUACCUGCAGUUCAUCUGGGGAGGGCUGUAUCCCCCAGAGCAGGUCAGAGUGAGGGUAAUGAUGGGAGACUCAACACGUCUUCAACAGAGGAGGGAAGAAGCACGUAAACACAUGCACUCAUCCUCCAGCUCUCCCAACAUGACAUAUGGAAGAGACACCAGUGGACCAGCAGACCCCUCACAACAACACAAACAAACAGUUCUGCAAAACAAAGGUGAGCUGGACACACCUAGUGUGAUUGGUACAGAUGACCUGAACUACUUGCAGGAGGAUGACGCUGUUCAGGACUCAUCUACAGAUGAGACUCCCAUUUUCCUUGAGGCCCCUCAUAUUACAGAGGCCAGUUUGAGUGAGGAGGACCCAGAUCAUAAGCAGAGGGAAGCAGGAGUGGGGAAUGGGACCAAAGACGAAGGGACAACCCAGCCACAAUCCUUAGACACCAGCCUUAGACAAAGGCAGGGACACUGGAUGAGGCUCUGAGCUUUGAAGCAACCACAAACACAUGCAUUCUGUUACAUUACAGCCUUAUGUUACUCAUACAUGUAGCUCACUCAUUCACUUGUUGAUGUGCACUGGCAAAAAGUACAUUUGGGAUAAUUAUUUUGCAAGCAAAAUAAAGUGUUUAAUCAUAAAAA